UCUCCACCAUAGCCAGCGCUCCCUGGUCAGGCUGCCCUCCCCUUCGUCACCAGCGCGGCCGCUCUCUCACACCCCGUAGGUCAAAGGUUGAAUUUUUAUCCGCCGCUGAUGGUGCUGCUGGGCGAGGAGGCGCUGGAGGCGCUGGAUGCGCGUGCGCCGGCGCUGGAUCUGCUCCGUCUGGCUCCGGCGACCUUACCCCGUGGCUCCGGGACAGGAAGGCUACCCCGACGACAUACAGCGAGGAGGAUGAAGACACCCAGCCAUGGAUUUUUAGCAGCACUCACUCAAGGAAAAAGAGACCUCAACACGCCAAUGGAUGCAGCCAGCCUCCAACUCACCACGCACCUGCACCAACUUGAUGUAGGGAGAGGAGGAGUGAGGCUUCUCUCACGGGAUGACGCCCAGCCAUGGGGCAGCAACAAUCCAAGGUUGCUGUCAAAAUAAGCCUAAAUUCAGAGCCUUCGGAAGUCAAUUACUUUGAGCCUUUGAGUUAGGAGGUAUACCAGUCUCUUUGUAGUUUGCUCUUAAUAAACUCUUCCCUUGGCCAUGAUGAGAUGUUUAAGUCUUUCCACUUAUCAGUUUUUAGUUCCACUUGAAGCGAUGCAUAUUCGAAUACAUUUUCUAGUCCUUUGAGCUGUUGAAUGAAUAAAUGAAAAAGUAUUAGCAUCACAACCGAACAAUAACAGAAAUCGUGUUAUCAAAAGAUGGUGUAGUGGGACUAAUGACUAACCAUAGCGGUGAGGUCUUUGCGGCUCAUUCCUGGGCCUAGCGAGUCGAGCACCUGGAUGCAUCGCUGCCCGGCAUUUAUAACUGCUAGGUACCAAUGGAAGUGUUCAACGUUAACUGGAAUGUAUAUCUGAAAAUAGGGUUUUUGUUAGUUUAGGUCCCAUCUAUACAAACAUUUAUAUGGAACUGAGACUCACCAUAUCAUGUUCCAAAUAAGUUAUAGCCAAUUCAAUUGGGGCAUAGAUAAUGAAAUUUGAUCAUCAUUACCUUGUGAUACAGCUAGCUGUGCCAGUGUUCCGUUAUGUAGGCCAUCUAUUUCC